GUGGCAUUCGUGCAAUCGAAGCGGAUCAAGAAGAUGGCUGAGGAGGUCAAGGCCGGCCGAACCGAUCUCCUGGAGCAAGCAACAGUACAUGAGCUUUCCGAAAUUGCUUCCGUCUUGGAGAAGCAGAAGGCCCUGGAUACUGCUGCAGUGCGGAAAAGCGACCGGGAGUCCACUUUGCGCCAGAGGCGUGAGGAAGAUCCACGCCCCAGUGCACUCAUUGUGCAGGACGUUUUGAACCCACCGUCUCAGAGCCACUGGCAAGCAGUGCUUGAGGGCAAGGUCUUAGCCACCAGCGUGGCCAGUGGCCCGACCAUUGCAUUCCUGCCAGCGACUCAGACCCAACGGGUCAUCUGGCUGACCGAUCGAUUCGUCCAGGACCACAUCGAGAUUGCCAGACUU